AUGCCAGGGAAGAGAAGGAAACUCGAAGAAAUUCCGCUUGUCGCCUCGACGCAAAAGCUCACUGCAAGAGCCGAAAAGCCGCUGAGUGCCAUUGCUGCAGCGAGAUUGAGAGCAGAAGCUGCGACCAAAAAUGUCAUUGUUCAAGAAACUACUUUGGAGCCACUUGCUGCGCCAUCAAGCCCACCAGCAGACGAACUCGUUUCAGAGUAUGAGGAGUCGGAAGCUGGGCCUGAGCCUGCAAUCACCCGGCGCAAUGCGAAGCUUUGCAAUUGGCAGCACCAUCCGGCAGACAUCUUCACCGAGAACGAAUCCGAGCUCAGCAUCAAUCUGAACAAGAACACCACUAUUGCUCUUGUUGGUCAUUUCGACUUCAAGGUAUCAAGAGGCGCAAUCAACAUCAACGGCGCCAACGUCGGUGCCGUCACACGAGAUGGCCAAAAGGCCCGGACCUACCGCGCAUAUGUGCCCGCAACACAGCCGAUAUUCAAGAUCAGAGGUCUCGAUGGUACGAACCACGUGCAGUUCACCUCAUGCAAAGAACCAGCACCAUUCGCGAAGCUCAGCCCUCUGUAUGAGAACAUCUGGAAUACGGGAUCGAAAGGAGAGAGACGACGAACUUUUGGCGUAAUCACCGACUCCGAGGAGGACCCACUCUUGCGGCCUCUGCAGCCACAUUCAAGUCCAGAAGACUGGCUUCGUGCCAUCGAAGACUGUGCCAGCGAGCCAUCUAUUACUUUGAUUACCGGUUCACCAGAGUCUGGAAAAUCCACUUUUGGUAGACGGCUGUUGAACCGCUAUUUAACUGGCAUGGGCAAGACUAAGCCGGCUGUACCCAAAGUGUGCUAUCUAGAUCUAGACUCAAGUAAAGCAGAAUACUCACCGCAUGGCUUGAUCUCUCUGGUUGUCGUACGGCAGCUAAACCUAGGCCCCAGCUUUACGCACCCCAGCACUGCGUUACCUCAAUCGGAAUCCGAACAGAACGAGACAGUCAGAUCCCAUGCUAUUCCGGUGGAUCUUACCAACUACCAGGACUACUAUCGCGAAUGCAUCGAAGACCUGUACCUGGCGUACAAGAACCUCUACUCGCGCGACUCCUCGCUUCCCCUGCUCAUCAACACACCGGGUUUUUUGUACACAACGCACUUCCAACUGCUCGAGCAACUCCUCACACGGUUCAAACCGCAAAAUGUCGUUCACCUGGGUGAUACACGUGCCAUCGAUCCAUCCGCAGCUGAUAGACUACACUCCCUGCAAACCCACACCACUCAACAUUGCAACAGCUUGCACGAGAUCGCUGCCCAGAGGCCCAAGCUCGCACAGCUGCGGACGGAUGCCGAGCUCCGCGCCAUGCACAUGCAGUCCUACUUCCACCUCGGUACCUCCUCGGCUGUCUCACUACCAACAUGGACGUCUGCACCGCUCUCUACACAUCUGCCAUGGGAGUUCUCCUACCGCUCCAGCUCGACGCGGGAGCAGGACUUGGUAGGGUUCCUGUCCUACACUGAGCCCACUCCUCCGUCAUCGCUGAUCCACGCUCUCAACGGGAGCAUCGUUUACAUCAUUCAAACCUCGUCCGCCCAAGUCCCUGCACCCUAUACAAAUCUUCGACGAACGCCAAAGAGCCAGAUUCCUUACUUUCCCGCAAGUGAAAGACUGGGCUUGGUAGAGCCGCUGGACCCACGGACUAGCCGUGUUGUGUGUGCAGCGCUGGUGCGGGGAUUCGACCCGGAGAGAGGUAUGGUGCAGGUCCUGGUGCCGAAGGUGCUUGAGGAAGCCAUGCUUGGGUUGAAGGCGGAGAGGACGGUGUUUGUUGCGGGGUGUGCGGAUUGGCCAGAGUGGGCGUAUGUGGAGGACGCGUGUCUUGAACAGCACGAGGAGGAGACGGGAGAAAGGAAGCUAGGGGAGAGAGGAGAGUUGCCGACAUGGGUGGAGAGGGAGGAUGUGAUCGAUGGGAUGGGCUACUUGAACACGGUGAGGAGAGUGAGGAAAUUCCAGACCGGGGAGAAGGAGAAGGGAGCGGAGGGUAAAGGGAAAUAA